AUGAUAUCAUCGGAAGGCGCUUCCAGGGCUUCCCAAAGAGCUACCGGUGAGGCUGUGCCGGCGGCAGAUGGUGCAGGAGGCCACCGGAUAGCUGCGUCAGUUGUCUUCUUUGUGGACUAUGUGUCUAACUGCUUAUAUAUGGAAGAAAUCGAAGACUCAGUGACUGUUCGGGAUUAUAUCCAAUCCACUCUGGAGACUGAAAAGGACCCCCAGUGCCUCUUGGACCUGGCCAGGAGGAUGGGGCAGGUUCUGGCCGGAAUGCAUGACGAAGACCUCAUUCACGGGGACCUCACCACCUCCAACAUGCUCCUGAGGCAGCCCCUGGCAUUGCUGCACAUUGUGCUCAUCGACUUUGGGCUGAGCUUUGUCUCAGGACUGCCGGAAGACAAAGGCAUCGACCUCUAUGUCCUGGAGAAGGCCUUCCUCAGCAUGCACCCCCGCACAGAGACCGUAUUUGAAGCCUUUCUGAAGAGUUAUGGGGCCUCGUCCAAGAAGUCCAGUCCAGUGCUGAAGAAGUUAGAUGAGGUGCGCCUGAGAGGGCAAAAGCAGUCCAUGGUCGGGUAG